CUCUGAAUUAAUAUGAACUGUGAAGAAGCAGCUUUAUGAAUUUCUUUACAUUUUCAUAUUCCAAGUAGAAUAUCAAUAUGCAAAUAGAAUAGUAUAUAUAUGCGAUAAAAGAUUUUCACCUUGCCUUGCUUGAGCUACCCAUCUAACUAAAAGAUGAAGAUACCCCCAUAUACAGGUGUCUCAAAAUAUGCUAUUAAUCAGGUAAUAAGAUUCAUCCAAAAGUAAGAAUACCCUUACAAGAAUAAAAUCAGCACGCACUCUCACAUUGAAAUCACGCAUCCAGUUUUUAAUUAACGAUUCUCUUCAUGUUUACUGAACGCUAUGGAAAUUAUCAAAAUUAUUACUCUAUGCGAGGUGAUGGAUCCAUAUUAGAUUCUCGUCUUGAAGCUUUACCAAAAGAUUUAUUUGAAAACACUUCUGUUUUAGAUGUUGGUUGUAAUAACGGCACGAUUACUACUCAGGUCGCGUCUUUAUUUAGCGUCAAGUACGCUUUAGGAAUUGACAUAGACUCAAUUUUAAUUAAGAAAGCAGAGAAACACCUAGAGUUUGUUGCUUCCAGGAUCGGUCCUUCGAAUGAUGACUGUCCGAUGAUUUCAAGAUACAAUUUUUACCCAAUAUCUAGUAUAAAGAAAUUUUCAAGGAUUCAAACAAAGUUUCAAGAACCGUUGAAUGAAGAAGGGUUUCCUCAUAACGUGCAGUUUCAAGCUGUGGAUAUCCAAAAAUGGUAUCCCAAAAAGCGCUUUCAAACGAUUUUGGCCCUUUCCGUUACCAAGUGGAUUCAUUUAAAUGGACUAGACGAAGGCCUUUUAAAUUUUUUUAAGAAUAUGCAUGCGGCACUGGAAACGGACGGUGCGCUAAUCAUAGAGCCUCAGUCAUGGGAUUCGUAUCUUAAAGCAGCUAAAAAGAAUAUUAUUUUUGAGAGAUCACUGUCAAAAAUUCGCAUACGCCCUGAAAACUUCCCUGAAAUUUUAGAGCAAACCGGAUUUCAUCUUCAGAAUGUUAUAAGUUCGGAAGACGCAAAACCGAAAAACGUUGAGCGAAAAGGGUAUUUGAAAAGAGAUUUAUUUUUAUAUAGGAAAAAAAGAAAUUCUUAGGUGAAAUUGUAAUAGUUGCUCAUGGAGAAUCGUUUGGGAAUAUUCGUAGCAUCAAGACAUGACUAAACUUCUAUUACGUUUUCUAUUUAUUUCUAGUAUUUAUUGAGUUCAAAACUUAAAAGAAAUAAGGCGUAACUUAGAUUUGCCCUUUAAUAUCAACGACUGCAUGCUUUUUCUUGACGGCAUCAAACUUGUCAAUGCUUUCUUUCAUUAACACACGUUCUGGGUCAUUUGGGUCAAACACAGACUGACAUUCGAGAAGAAAGUUUCUACAUUCAUCCAUGUCUUCAAAAGCUAGCGUAUUGGCAAUAAAUUCAACAGAAACGGAGGGGCGGUAAGCCUUUGAAAUGGUGUACAUGGCAUUGACCCGUUCUCUUUCGACAAAAAGAUCCAUCAAAUAACCCCCCAUGUUGGGAGCAGUUAGAUAUAAUUGAAAGAACCUGUAAUAAUCAGAAGUAGCGAUUGCUGAUCUGACUUCUAGAGCGUGCUGAACAGCAGGAUUCUUUUUUUCUUCAUCUUCCAAAUUUGCCAAAAGACUAUUCAUUUCUAUAGUGCGUAAGAAAAAGAAGUAAAAUAAACCACUUACCUGAUCUGUUUCUCGUAUAAAGUAUGUAAAGAAUUCUGUACGCUAAGAAUUCUUUGACUUUUCCAGGGAUGUCAAAU